UGCAGGUCCCUCUGCCCCUGCUCCGUGUUAGCUGUUCCCCAAGAUGCUGCAGAUCCCGCUGCCCCUGGACCGGGAUGGGAUCCUGUUCCGGCUGCGUUUCACCACGCUGGCCCUGGGCACUGUGUUCUGCCCCCUCUUUGGGUUCCUCUUCUGUGUGAUCUGGUCCCUGCUCUUCCAUUUCCGUGAGACAACGGCGACCCACUGUGGGGUGCCCAACUACCUGCCGUCCAUCAGCGCGGCCAUCGGGGGCGAGACCCCCCAGCGCUACGUGUGGCGCCUGUGCAUCGGCCUGCACUCGGCCCCCCGCUUCCUCGUGGCCGUGGCCUACUGGAACCACUACCAGAGCUGCCACUGCUCCCACCCCCGCUACCUGCGCCUGUGCCACUGCACCCUGCUGCUCAACCUGCUGGAGAACGUCGCCCUGCUCAUCCUCACCUACGUGUCCUCCUCCGAGAACUAUGCAAUCCAUGAAAAUGCCUUCAUUGUGUUCAUCUCGUCGGCCCUGGGCCACAUGCUGCUCACCUGCAUCCUCUGGAGAAUGACUAAGAAACACACAGUAAGUCCCGAGGGAGGUGCCCUCCAGACCCCCAGCCCUGGGGGCAGAUCCAGCCAUGUGUUGCCCUCACCUGCUGUGUUCCCUCCUGCAGUGUACACCGUCUUCGCCUUCCUGGAGUACCUGGUGGUCCUCUCCAACAUGGCCUUCCACAUGACUGCCUUCUGGGACUUCGGCAACAAGGAGCUGGUGGUGAGCUCGCUGCUGGAGGACAAGCACUUCUAGCCAGCCCUGCUGCUGGGGGCUGCUCUUCCUGGGGGAGGCAGGGAGCCCCUUCCCUCUCCUGCCAGGGCAGGGGGUUUGCUGUGGAGCUGCUGCAAGGAUCCUCCCGGGAUCCUGGGCCCCCCAGGGAUCCUCCCGGGCCCCCCGAGUGUCUGUGCGUGGUCCCUGGCUGUGCCUGCAGCCCUCGUACAGUGGAGCUGGGGGCUCUUCCCAGGGACCCCCUGCUCUGGCUCCCUGCCAGCUGUGGGAGGGCAGGACAGAGCAGGGACAGGGACCUGCUGCCUGUUUCUUUGGAGGAUGCUCUGGGCAGAGCAGGAUUCUGCUCCUGGCAUUGGGGCGUGGGGGGCCAGCCCUGCCCUGCUUGGCCUGGGGGGUCUCGUGGUUCCUCCCCCAGGCUGGGGGUCCGGGGACAAGCCCUCAGAAAGGGCUGGUGGCCUUUUGGGCUGGCCCUGGGCACUGCUCUCCCAUGAGACUGGGGCAGGAUCCUGGCCCAUCCUGCCUGAGUUCCCGGGAGGGGAGCGGGGAGGUGCCGGCCCGUGCACGGACUGCAGGGAGUGGGGCAGGUGUGGGAGCAUCCACACUCUCCUUCCUGCCUUUCCCAGAAACCCCCCCAGCAGCACAGGCUGCUCCCAGGGGGCUGUGCCCCAGUUCCAGCCCAGUUUGGGGAGGAAGGCCGGGGGGGCCGGUGCUGGAGGUCCCCACUCCGAUAUCCAUGUGGAUUCCCCUGUGCUGUGGGGCUGGAGCUGGGAACUGCUGGGGUCCAGCAGUGUCCCCCGUGUGUGGGCUCUGGCUGCAAGGGCACCGUGGGCACGGCAGGGUGGGAGCUGGGGGCUGGCAGCAUCCCCAGGCUCCUCCUGGCAGCACUGCUGGAAGGGGCACCUGGAGCUGAUGUGUUUUUGGGGAACUCUGUGCUUGUCAGGGCUCACACCCUCACCCCACACCCGGCCGGGAAGGACUGGUGUGGGUCCCUCCCUGCCCUUCCCCACCAAGAGUCCCCUGGGAUGUCCCGGUGCUCAUCCCUGUGCUCCCGGGGCUGGGCUGAGCCUCCUCCAGCAGGAGCUGUGGGGCCCUGGCUGAGUGGGGCCAGGCUGGCUCCAGGUGCUGCCCUGUGUGCGUCGUUGGUGUCCCCACCCACGGGCCCAUCCAUGGCCCCAUCCAUGGGCCCAUCCAUGGCCCCCUCCAUGGCCCCAUCCAUGGGCCCAUCCAUGGCCCCCUCCGUGUCCCUGCAUGCGUGUGACGCGCUGCCCCGUCAGCGCCGUGGCUUUGGGUGGAAAUAAAGCACUGAGUAUUUUUGUGA